GAUUCACAGCAGAGAAGACAGUCAGGAAGAUCCUGAGAUACAGAAACUGGAAGCCAUUUGUGGUCUUUGCAAGGCAAACUUUUCUCUUGGGGGAAGAAGAAAAAGAGCGGAAUCCCUUGCAGGGAUGGAGACACAACCUUUUGAAAAGGAGGGAAGCGGAAAAGGCCCUUCAGCUGCUCAGCCUGGGAAGGGGGCGAAGCUCUGGACAAGAACCGGGCAGGAGAUCCUGGAGGAGGAAACCAUCCUUCCUUCACAAGUUCCGCCCUGGACCUCUAUCCAAUACCUGGAGGCUGAGGGUCCCCGAGGACUUUGCAGCCGACUCCAUGGCUUUUGCAGGCGAUGGCUGAGACCAGAAAAGCACACUAAAGCCCAGAUGCUGGACCUGGUGGUUCUGGAGCAGCUCCUGUUCCUUCUGCCCCCAGAGAUGGAGGGCUGGGUGCGGGAGUGUGGGGCAGAGACCAGCUCCCAGGCGGUGGCCCUGGCGGAAGGCCUCCUCCUGAGCCAGGCGGAGGAGCAGAAGGAGCAGGUCCAGUUGCAGUGCUGCACUGUGGAGAUCAGAGAUCCUGAUGGAAAGAAGAACCCAUCAAAUCCCCCUCAGGAGCUGUUUUUCAGGAGGAUCCCUUGGGAAGAUCCAAGUCAGGACACCUCAGGAGAGAAACAAAGAAUGAAGCUUUCUGGUUUUUAUGAUGGAGAUCAAACAGCGGUUGAACCUCCAAAUCAGGGGAGUCUUGUGUCCUUCGAGGAGGUGGCUGUGUCUUUCUCUGAGGAGGAAUGGUCUCUGCUGGAUUCUGACCAGAAAGCGCUGCAUUCGGAAGUCAUGCUUGAAAACUAUAGGAACGUGGCCUCUCUGGGUAAUAAUGGGCAGGAGAAUCAUGAUUCCUAUGAAUUGUUCCAAGUGAUUGAUACUAAAGUUGGAACGGAGAAGUUUGGAAUUCGAAUGGAAUAUGGAAGCCAUGACAGAAACCAGUCAAAGAAUUGGAAUCAGGAAAGCUCAUUUUCCACUGAUGCUCCGAUGCAAGACUUUCUUGCCCAACAAGAGAAAAUAAGGAAAAAAUAUGUUGGGAAAAGUGUGAAGUUAAUCAAAGCUAAAAUACAAGUAAAUGAACACUAUUUAACCCAAAACAAAGGAGAAGAUGCUAUAAGAAGACACAACGGACAAAAUUACAAUGGGACAUUCAUUCUUUCUCUUGGAAAUAACUUCCUUACAUCUCAAAAAGCGAUUGACACAAAAGAGAAGCCUUAUAAAUGUUUGGAAUGUAGAAAAUGUUUUAGAACAAGGAGGCAACUUACUAUCCAUAGAAGAAUCCACACAGGGGAGAAACCAUAUAAAUGCAUAGAGUGUGGAAAGACCUUUGCUCAUGGCAGUACACUUACUAUCCAUAAAAGGAUCCACACAGGGGAGAAACCAUAUAAAUGCAAAGUGUGUGGAAAGACCUUUGCUCGUAGCUGUAGACUUACUUCCCAUGAAAGGAUCCACACAAGGGACAAACCAUAUAAAUGCAUGGAAUGUGGAAAGGCCUUUGCUCAAAGAGUUACUCUUAUUUCCCAUAAGAUGAUCCAUACAGGAGAGAAACCAUAUAAAUGCAUGGAGUGUGGAAAGACCUUUGCUGUGAGAAGUAGACUUACUAUCCACAAAAAGAUCCACAUGGGGGAAAAGCCAUUUGAAUGCAUGGAGUGUGGAAAGACCUUUGCUUAUAGUAGUGGACUUAGUAUCCACAAAAAGCUCCAUACAGGGGAGAAACCAUUUAAAUGCAUGGAAUGUGGAAAGACCUUUUCUCAAAGAGUUACUCUUAUUUCCCAUGAGAUGAUUCACACAGGGGAGAAGCCAUAUAAAUGCAUGGAGUGUGGAAAGAUGUUUAAUCAUGGCAGUGGCCUUAGAAGCCACAAAAAGAUCCACUCAGGAGAGAAACAAUAUAAAUGCAUGGAGUGUGGAAAGACCUUUGCUCAGAACAGUGGCCUUAGAAGCCACAAAAAGCUCCACACAGGAGAAAAACCAUUUAAAUGCAUGGAAUGUGGAAAGACCUUUGCUCAAAGAAGUUAUCUUAUUUCCCAUAAGAUGAUCCACACAGGGGAGAAGUCGUAUAAAUGCAUGGAGUGUGGAAAGACAUUUACUCAUGGUAGUGGACUUAGAAGACACAAAAAGAUCCACUCAGGAGAGAAGCCAUUUAAAUGCACGGAAUGUGAAAAGACUUUUGCUCAUAAAUGUGAUCUUAUUUCCCAUAAAAGAAGCCACACAGGAGAGAAGCCAUAUAAAUGCAUGGAGUGUGGAAAGACCCUUGCUAAAAAACGUAAUCUUAUUUCCCAUAAGAUGAUCCACACAGGGGAAAAGCCAUUUAAAUGCAUGGAUUGUGGAAAGACCUUUGCUCAAAAAGGUAAUCUUAUUUCCCAUAAGAUGAUCCACACAGGAGAGAAGCCAUAUAAAUGCAUGGAAUGUGGAAAGAGCUUUGCUCAGAAUGGUCAUCUUACUUCUCAUAAAAGGAUCCACGCUCGGGAGAAACUAUAUAGCAAUAGCAAUUCCACUUAGACUUAUAUACCACUCCACAAUACUUUACCACACUCUCUGAGCAGUUUACAAAGUCAGCAUAUUGUCCCCAGCAAUCUGGGUCCUCAUUUUACCCACCUCAGAAGGAUGAAAGCCUGAAUCAACCAUGAGCCAGUCAGGAUCGAACUCUUGGCUGUGGGCAAUUAGCCUGUAGUACUGCACUCUAACCAGUGAGCGACCAUGUCUCUCUAUACCAUAUAGAUUUGUAUGUGUAUGCAUAUUGUGCCUUUUUGAUCCAAAUGAAACAAGGUUGAAUCCAACAAAAUUAAAUUUAAUGUGGAAAAUUUCAUGAAAUUACCUCGUCAUGAAAUUCGUCAUUUAUUUAUUUUAUUUUUAUUUUAUUUUAUUUCGAAUUUAUAUACUGCACCUUCUCUCGAGGGACUCAGGGCGGUGUACAGCCAGAUAAAAACAUACAAUACAAACAUUAAAAAACAAUUAAAAGGAUAUAUAUUAAUUUGGCCCCGAUUUAAGAUAACAAACCAAUUAAAAAAUUAAAAAUGUGUUAAAAAAUAUGUUAAGCCAGCCCGGCUUGCUGAAAAAAGAAAGUUUUAAGGGCACGGCGGAAGGCACCAAGGUCUUGGAUUCUCCUUAUAUCUGGGGGCAGCUGAUUCCAGAGGGUAGGUGCCCCACAGAGAAGGCCCUCCCCCUAGGGGUCACCAGCCUGCAUUGUUUGGCUGAUGGCACCUCGAGGAGGCCCUCUCUGUGGGAGCGCACAGGUCGGUGGGAGGUCAUCGGUAGCAGUAGGUGGUCUCGAAGAUAACUAGGUCCUAUGCCAUGGAGCACUUUAAAGGUGGUAACCAACACCUUGAAGCAUACCCGGAAGACCACUGGGAGCCAGUGCAGCUCACGCAGGAGCGGUGUUAUGUGGGAGCGCCAAGCGGCUCCCGUGAUUACCCGCGCGGCCGCAUUCUGGACCAGUUGGAGCCUCCGGGUGCUCCUCAAGUGGAGUCCCAUGUAGAGAGCGUUGCAGUAGUCCAGGCGCGAGGUGACGAGGGCGUGAGUGACUGUGACAGGGAAUCCCGAUCAAGAAAGGGCCGCAACAAACGGCCGUCAUGAAAUUCUUCAUGAAAUGAAGAUACCUCUGAAGACUUGGACGAACUCACAGAUACUGUAACAUUAUAUGUCAGUUUUUGUGAAGACCUAUGUGUGCCGACAAGAACCCUGCGAAUAUACAGUAACAAUAAACCUACAGCUACGUGGUUCCAAACAGGAAGCCUACAGAAAAGGCAAUAGAAUGCUGUACAAGCAGGCCAGAAACGUGUUAACAAGGGAGAUCAGAGCAUCAAAAAGUAGGUACUCUGAAAAGCAAAAGAAUCAGUUCUCAACAAAUGAACCAGCAAACUUGUGGAAAGCUCUUAAAAAUAUCACUGGUUACAGCAAACCUUCCCAAACUGAAGGAAAUCAACAACUGGCAGAUGACCUGAAUGUGUCCUACUGCAGUUUUGAGAGAAAACUACUACCACCUAUCUCCAUAAUCACCAUCUCAGACACAUCAACAACUGCUAAGCCUCCUACAACCUACCCUAUCUCAUUGGGCUCACCACCAUUACAGAGAAUGAGGUGCAAACUCUAUUUCACGGACAAAAGUCAGGAAAAGCACCAGGUCCAGAUAAGAUAACUCCUUCUUGCUUAAAAACUUGUGCUGAACAACUGGCCCCCAUCUUCACCUGCAUCUUUAAUAAAUCACUAGAGAUGUGCUAUAUUCUUUCCUGUUUCAGAUGCUCUACUAUCAUCCCAGUGCUGAACAAACCCUCCAUCAAGGAACUGAAUAAUUUCAGACCGGUUGCUCUAACAUCUGUAGUUAUGAAGACCUUUGAAAGACUAGUGCUCGGGCCACCUGAGAACAAUCACGGACCCACUGUUAGACCCCUUGCAAUUUGCCUACGGAGCAAAUAGAUUGACAGAUGAUGCUGUUAAUAUGACUCUGCACUACAUCCUACAACAUCUUGAAUCUCCAAAGACUUAUGCAAGGGUCCUCUUCAGCAUUCAAUACCAUCAUUCCAGAUAUUCUUCUAACUAAACUAAAUCAACUAGCUGUACCUGACCACACUUGUAAAUGGAUCAUAAGCUUCCUAACAGACAGGAAGCAGCAGGUGAAGCUAGGCAAAAUCACAUUAGAUACCUCCACAAUUAGCACAGGAGCCCCCCAAGGCUGUGUGCUCUCUCCACUUCUCUCUAUACACCAAUGACUGCAUCUCAAACAAUCCCUCUGUUAAAAUACUGAAGUUUGCAGAUGAUACAACAGUGAUUGGUCUCAUUCGAGAUAAUGAUGAAUCCACAUACAGACGGGAGGUUGAACAACUAGCCUUGUGGUACAACCAGAACAAUCUUGAACUAAAUACACUCAAAACCGUAGAAAUGAUGGUGAAUUUUAGGAGAAACCCUCCCAUACUACCACCUCUUACAAUACUAGACAACACAGUAUCAACAGUAGAAUCCUUCAGGUUUCUAGGUUCUAUCAUAUCUCAAGACUUAAAAUGGACACCUAACAUCAAAAACAUAAUCAAAAAGCACAACAAAGAAUGUUCUUUCUGCACCAACUCAGAAAGCUCAAACUGUCCAAGGAGCUGCUGAUCCAGUUCUACAGAGGAAUGAUGGAGUCUGUCAUCUGCAGCUCCAUUAGUGUCUGGUUUGGUUCUGCAACUCAAGACAGACACAGACUUCAGAGGAUAAUCAGAACUGCAGAAAAAACAAUGGCUACCAACCUGCCUUCCAUUGAGGAUUUGUAUACUGCACCAGUCAAAAAGAGGGCUGGGGAAAUAUUUACAGACCCCUCACAUCCUGGACAUAAACUGUUUCAACUCCUACCCUCAAAAUCACGCUAUAGAGCACUGCACUUCACAACAACUAGACACAAGUUUUUUCCCAAACGCCAUUACUCUGCUAAAUAAAUAAUUCCCACAACACUGUCAAAUAAUUUAUUAAGACUGUAUUACUAUUAUUAUUCUCUUCCUUACUAGUAUCUAUCUCUUCCCACUUAUUACUAUAAAUAUGUCGCUUGUAUCUUUCAAUUAUAUUGGUUUUAUUUGUUUCCUAGUACAAUUUGAUAGAUUAUUAGUAACCUUGACUAUCACUAAGGGUUGUAUCUUUUUAUUCUUGAUGAAUGUAUUUCAUUCUCCUUAUGUACACUGAGAGCAUAUACACCUAAGACAAAUUCCUUGUGUGUCAAUCAGACUUGGCCAAUAAAGAAUUCUAUUCUGUUC